AGUAACAAAAUGAUUCGAAUAUGUUGUUAAAUCUUCGAAACUUCAUAUUCUUAUCAUAGGUAAUGUAAAAUACGUUUCAUUUGCAAACUGCAAAAGCAAUAGUUAAUUGUAUCAUAAUAUCAGUGAAAAUUAUGUCUUAUAUAACGACAGCAGCAACUUUUGCACUUUUUAUACAUUUUGUGGCAAGCUUUGAAUUGAUUUCACAAAAAUUUGACAAAGAAACAGACACACGAAUUAUUUCAAGUGGAGCAUCAAUGGUGACAACAAAAGCGAAAUCUGGAUUCGAAUGUGCUAUCACGUGUACAAAUGAUGAUAACUGCUGUUCCUGUAGCUAUAACAAAGACUUGGAACAAUGUCAGCUUUCUUGUUCAUGCAGUCCUACAAUGGAACUCCAUAACGGAACAUUUACAUUUAUAAAGACUCCUCAACCAGUUUUCAGUGUUCCAGUAACGGACUGUAGUGAAUUGCCAGCUGGAACAAAAAGUGGAGUGUAUUGUAUCCAGCCUGAAAAGGGAUAUGACAUUGCUGUUUACUGUGACAUGGACAUUGAUGAUGGGGGAUGGACUACAAUCCAGAGAAGAUAUGACGGCACUGUGGACUUCUAUCGGUAUUGGGAGGAUUACAAAUCUGGAUUUGGAGACAUAGCUGGUGAACAUUGGCUUGGGAAUGAUAAUUUGAAUGUCAUUCUUCGACAAGGAUAUUACGAAGUGCGAUUUGACCUUGAAGACUUUACAGGGGAUACAUCGUAUGCUAUGUAUGAUACAUUGCAUGUUGGGGAUGAGAGUACAAACUAUCGUAUCUUUCUGGCGGGUUACACUAAUGGAACAGCAGGUAAUGCAAUGGCGGAUUUGAACCCUUUAUUGAAUCAUAUGUUUACAACUCGUGACAGGGACAACGAUUUUAGCUCGGACUUCAACUGUGGUAUUAAAACAGAAAGUGGUUGGUGGCAUAAUGAAUGUACAUCUGCCAAUAUCAAUGGUGAUUAUGGAGAGAUGUAUAAUAGUACUGCGAAAAUGCAUUGGAAAACAUGGAAACCAAAUGCGCUAAAACAAACAAGAAUGAUGAUCAAACCAAGUAGAGUUGUAGGAUAAAAUAUUUAGCCUUCAAUUUGAUUGGUUAGUAAUUGUGUUAUUUAUUGCAGAUAUCUGUCAUAAUUAUUCAUUUGAUAUUGCAUUUUUAUUCAAAUAGACCGAUUCAUAUAUUCAAACUUUCUCCUGAGAGUGUGUGAUAUUUCUGUUUAUAAUCAAGCAAUAAAACUCACUGAAU